AUGAGUAGUGAACCCAGUGACUUUACUGAAUAUAUCAGAUAUCUUUAUGGAAUGGAGGAUCAAGUAGCAGCACCGGCAUCGAUUAUGCAGAGCCACAUACCGCUCCCGCCAAAGUUGGAGUUGGCGGGUAACGUUGCACAACACUGGAAAUCCUGGAAACAGCUGUGGGACUCGUAUGUCAUAGUGACGGGACUUUCAGAGAAAACCAAUGCCUACCAGGUUGCGACUUUUGUUACAUGUAUUGGCCCUGAAGGCCUCGAGGUCUACAACGGACUACCAUUUAAAGACGAAAAUGAAAAGAAUGACCCAGCAACCAUAUUGAAACUCAUGGAGGAGUACUGUGUAGGGAAAACAAACACGAUAUAUGAGAGAUAUGUUUUCAACAACAAGCAUCAAGAAACGGGAGAGACAAUCGAUUCCUACGUCACAAAGUUGAGAAAGCUCUCACUGACCUGUGAGUUUGGUCAAGCAGCAGAGAAAACCGCCGCACAAGUUAAGACCAUGAAUCCUCAGGAGAAAAUUCACACAUUGAAAAAAUCAACCAAACACAGAAACGGUGUGAAGCAGAAGGAUCAUAAAGGAAGAGGAACACACCAUAAACCACAGAGUACAAGGACCCAUACAUGUUGUUACUGUGGUCAGCAGCACUCCAGAGAUAAACAAUCAUGUCCAGCAUGGGGCAAAACCUGUGGGAAGAAAAACCAUUUUAAGGCAGUGUGCCGACAGCGAGAUAAGAGAGUGAACUUCCUGGAUAAGUAUGAGCAAUGUUAUUCCGAUGAGGAAAUCCUUACAGUAGAACAGAUCUUCGCUACCAGCGCUUUGGAACAUCCGAGAAAACUGUUUGCUCAAAUGAACAUUAAUUCUCAGCCGAAACCUGUAAAAUUCCAAAUUGACUGUGGGGCCACCUGUAAUGUUAUUACAGAUGACCUUGUACCGAAAAAUGUGAAGAUACAGAAGGGUCAUCACACAUUGAAAUUUUACAAUGGACAGCAAAUGAAGACUUCUGGCAGUUGUAAUUUGACCCUCACUAAUCCAAGAAACGGGGAAACAUUCAAAGAGAACUUUGUUGUGGUGAACAGUGGUUUACACCCUAUUUUGGGCUCAAGCACAAGUCAGCAAAUGAACUUGAUAUCAGUACAACUUGACAAUAUUAUGACUAUAGAGUUUCCCAGCACAAACAAUCACCUUGAUAUGGACACCAUAACGAAGAAUUAUGGAGACAUCUUUACAGGAAAUGGAUGCUUUAAGGGACCUGUGCAUCUAGAAAUAGACGAGACUGUCCCACCUGUGAAACUUCCUUUACGCCGUGUCCCAGUUGCAAUCAAGCCACUUUUGCAACAAGAACUGAAAAGACUAGAAGGAUUACAAGUCAUUCAAGCUGUCAAUAAGCCUACAGACUGGGUAUCUAGCCUACUAGCAUUCAAGAAGGCGAAUGGAAAGUUACGCAUCUGCAUUGACCCGAAACCCUUGAAUAAGGCGCUCCGUCGAAGUCAUUACCCUCUUCCUGUGAUCGAAGACGUUUUACCUGAUGUAUCCAAGCCUCGCGUUUUCACGGUGUGCGACGUAAAGAAUGGCUUCUGGCAUGUGGAGCUCGACGAGCAGUCCAGCUACCUUACCACCUUUGAAACUCCAUUUGGACGCUAUCGCUGGCGCCGCCUACCCUUUGGCAUCUCCCCAGCGCCUGAGAUUUUCCAGCAUCGUUUGGAACUAGCCAUACAAAACUUACCUGGAGUCAAAGCUGUUGCUGAUGAUAUCCUUAUCUAUGGAGAAGGAGACAGUGAUGCAGAAGCAGUACGCGAUCACGACCAGAAACUGAUCAGCCUUUUGAACCGUUGCCGCGAGCAGGGAAUCAAGUUGAACAAAGACAAGUUUAAACUGCGAUUAAAGGAAAUGCCAUAUAUUGGACAUGUUCUGACCCCCAGUGGACUCAAGCCUGACCCUCGCAAAGUACAGGCUAUUAUCAGGUUAUGGGAAAGCUUCAUCAAUCACAUAUUGGAGCUGAAGGAUGCCUUCGUAGGGCUCGAGAGUGUGUGUACUGGCCGAACAUGA